AUGAGCUUCAAAGGCUUUCAGAAGAGCAUUAUCAGGGCGCCCCAAACGCUGAAGUCUAGGUUAAAUUUCGGGGAGAACACAAAAGAUUUAGUUUACAUUGACGCAGAGAGACGCUUCCAGGAGUUAGAGACAGAAACAAAAAAGUUGCACGAUGAGAGCAAAAAAUACUUUGAAGCUAUCAGCGAAAUGAUGAUGCACCAAAUUGAAUUCUCUCAGGCUAUCGCCGAAAUCUAUAAGCCCAUCUCUGGACGGCUAUCAGAUCCAGACUCGUUAGUCCAAGAGGGAAAUCCGCAAGGGAUACAGGCGUGUGAAGAAUAUGAGGCGAUAGUAAAGGACCUAUUACUUAGUCUCCAACCUGAACUUGAGAUGAUUGAGACACGAGUUAUAAGACCAGCAAAUGAAUUACUGGACAUUGUCAAAGUUAUCCGAAAGUCGGCACUCAAGCGUCACCAUAAACAACUUGACUACGACAGGUAUCGGGCAACGUUGAAGAAAUUACAGGACAAAAAGGACAAAACACUGAAAGAUGAAAAAGCCUUGUACAAGGCAGAGAAUGAUGUGGAGCAAGCGUCACAAGAAUUCAACUAUUAUAAUGAUCUACUCAAAGAAGAGCUUCCUACACUUUUCGGUCUUGAACGAGAACUUAUCAAACCUUUAUUCCAAUCUUUCUAUUACAUGCAGUUAAAUGUCUUUUAUACACUUCAUGAAAAGAUGCAAAGAUGCGACAUUGGAUACUUUAACCUGCAAUCUGAUAUUGAAGAAGGAUUCAGAAUUAAACAAGGAGAUGUUCGUGAGCGAGCUGAAUCCUUAUCCAUCACUAAGUUCAAGUCGGCAGGCUUCAAAAGACCUCCGAGACCUACCCCUGCCAUUGGCGCCCCAGCUAAUAGACUUGCCAUUGAGGAAAGUAAGCCCACUCCUAAACCUACUACAAAACCUGGAAUUAAGCCGCUGGCUAUUAAAGCACCUCCGAUGCACACUAUGACGGAUAGCUCAGUCACCCCACCUCCACCAUAUACCAGCUUAUCACCACACAGUCGAAGGGAACCGAAUCCCGGAAGCGCUCAGCUUACGAAUUCAGCCUGGGGAGCUGUAGCGAAAGCAAAGGGAGCCCCUCCUCCACCGAAACCAAAACCAGCUAGAUUUAGUGUUUCUUCACCUACCGAGACUGUAACAGCUUUAUAUGACUAUGAGGCUCAAGCAGAGAGUGAUAUUAGUUUCAAGGCCGGCGAUAUUAUUGACAUACUAUCAAGAACCAGCAAUGAAAACGAAUGGUGGACUGGUAGAAUCAGAGGGAAACAAGGACAAUUUCCAGGAAAUUACGUGAAAAUAAAUCUUUAA